AUGAGCGACCCUAAACUGAGUGCGAGCGAAGAAGACGAGGCGCCGAGUGAAGCGACGGAGGCGCUCGGCGCGCAGCAGGCGGUGAUGAUUUUCGUGAAGCGGCCGGCGCCGGGGCGCGUGAAGACGCGCCUGGCGGCCGGCGUGGGGGCGGACGCGGCGUGCGACUUCUACCGCGCGUGCUGCGAGCACGUCGUCACCAAUAUCAUCGUGCGCUGCCCCGACCUUCAUCAUGCAUGGCACCUAACCCAACUGGUGCUCACUCGGUCUUUAUUCGGAUGCUUGUUGGCGUUCCCUGCUUUGCACUCCUCUGGUGGUGGUGGUGGUGGUGGUGGUGGCGGCGGCGGCGGCGGCGGCGGCGGCGGCGGCGGCGGCGGUGGCGGUGGUGGUGGUGGUGGUGGUGGUGCUGGUGACAUCCCUGAUGUGGAUGGCGCCACAGUUGCUGCUGCGCUCUCUGCUCUGCGGCACCACCGGGUGGUGUUUGGGCCGGCCCUGGAUGGCGGAUACUACCUCCUUGGCCUCACCGCAGUGCUGCCAUGCCUCUUCGAUGCCAUAGAGUGGAGCACGCACAGGGUGCUGGACCAGUCACUCUCAGCUCUCCACGCCAACGGAGUGGCUGACGUGGCGUCUCUGGAUUUGCUGCCGUGCCUGAGGGACAUUGACACUGUUCACGACCUGACAGCCUGGCUCGCAGAGAAUUGUGUGGAGGCGAGCGGUGAAGGUGCCUUGGAGGCAGACAGUACGGUGCUGAGUGGUUGUGGGGUUUAUGAGAAGACGGGGAAUGAGGAGAAUGCAUUGAGAGCAGCGCAUGCAGGUGUGCACCCAACUACACAUGCUCCUCUUGGCUGUGUGCGUGGAGCUAGGGUUGGUGGCGUAAUGGAAGGGGAAACAGACACCAAGGGGCUAAUUUCUGUCGUUGCACGUAUUCUUGGUCAAGUAAGCUCAGUAGGUGGAUUGUAG